CUCCAGUGUUCUACUUUGGCGAGGUAGAGUACCGUGUGGAUGAGAGUGAUGGUCAAGUGGAGGUUAGGGUGUUGAGGGCAGGAACGGAUCUCUCCAAGACUGCUACCGUCACUGUGCGCUCACGCAAGACUGAGAUGGCCUCUGCAGAGGCUGGUGUGGACUACGUAGGGAUCAGUCGUAACCUGGACUAUGCCCCAGGGAUGAACCAGCAGACCUUCAGGCUGACAAUCCUGGAUGACCUGGGUCAGCCGGUGCUGGAAGGGCCAGAGACCUUCGAGCUGGUCCUCUGCAUGCCGGUGAAUGGCAUUCUGGGACAACCGGGCAAGACCACCGUCUUCAUCAACGACUCCGUCUCCGACCUGCCCAAGGUCCAGUUCCAGGAGGCGUUGUAUAUGGGGGAGGAGAGCGACGGUCGUAUCCCGGCAACAGUGUACCGUAGCGGUGACAUCAGCUACAAGUCCACCGUGCGCUGCUACACCCGACAGGGGUCAGCUCAGGUCACCACAGACUUCCAGGAACGACCCAACACGGACGUAUCCAUCAUCACCUUCCUGCCAGGGGAGGCGGCACAGAAGUGUGUGUUGUCGCUGGUCGAUGACACAGUCCACGAGGAGGGGGAGGAGCUUCGACUGGUCCUGGGGAACCACAAGAGCGAAUCACCGUUCGGGGCGUCGGUCGGAGAGCUGAAGGAGACCACCAUCCUGAUUAAAGAUACUGCUGACAAGUCUAUCAUCAAGUUUGGAGAGACCGAGUUCAGUGUGGGUGAGCCCAAGGAGGCAGGCUCUGUUUCAUCGCUGAAGAUUCCAGUGCUGCGAUUGGGCGACACCUCAAAGUUGUCAGUGGUCCGUGUUCACACCAAGGACGAGUCAGCUACCUCAGGAGAGGACUACCAUCCUGUCUCAGAGGAUGUUAAGUUUAAGCCUGGGCAGACGGAGCACGUUGUAGAGGUGGAGGUGUUGUAUGAUGGAGUCAGAGAGAUGAGAGAAGUCUUCACCGUUCACCUGAAACCUGACGACAACAUGGUGGCCGAAACGCAGAUGACUAAGGCCGUGGUGUACAUCGAGGAGACCAGCGGAGUGGCCGACGUCGCCUUCCCCUCCCUGCCUCACGUGGUGUCACUGCUGCACUACGAAGCCAUCAGCAAGACAUCUCAGAAGCUCCACCCUCCUGCUGGCUACCCCAUUGUCUGUGUCACCGCCUGUAACCCUAAGUACCCUGACUACGACAAGACAGGCUCCAUCUGCGUCAGCGAGCACAUCAACAACACGCUGUCGCGCUACCGCUGGCUCGUCAGCGCCCCUGCUGGCCCGGAUGGUGUCACUACACCCAUGAGAGAGGUGGACUUUGAUACCUUCUUCACCUCCUCCAAGAUGAUCACCCUGGACUCUGUCUACUUCCAGGCCGGCUCCAGGGUGCAGUGUGCUGCCAGGGCUGUCAACUCUAACAAAGAUGAGGGACUGGAGCUCAGCAGUCCCAUAGCUACUGUUAGUCUGGAGGAAGGUAUGUGCCAGCCUCGUAAGGUGGGCACGGUGGGCGCUGGGCCCUUCUCUGCCAAGCUACGCUACACCGGAGCAGAGGACCCAGACCACCCCAACCUCCUUAAACUCACUGUUGCCAUGCCACACAUUGAUGGCAUGCUACCGGUCAUCUCAACCCGUCCUCUGUCUAACAUGGAGCUCACCCUCAGCCCUGACGGUACUCGUGUUGGCAACCACCGCUGCUCCAACCUGCUAGACUACAGCGAGGUCACCACGGGUCACGGCUUUAUCACCCCAAUGGCGAGGAACGCGGAGAGCGUGGGCGACACCUUCCCCUACCAGCACAGCACCCCAAUGCGGGGGGACAACACAUUGCGUUUCUAUAAGAACCUCAACCUAGAGGCCUGUCUAUGGGGGUUCACCAGUUACUAUAACAUGUCUGAACUACUCACCGACUGUGGAGGGACCAUCAGGACAGACGGACAGGUGCUGAAUCUGGUCCAAUCGUACGUGACUCUGCGUGUUCCACUGCACGUGUCAUACGUGUUCCACUCCCCGGUGGGUGCGGGGGGCUGGCAGCAUUUUGACCUGCAGUCUGAGCUCCGCCUCACCUUUGUGUACGAUACUGCUAUACUGUGGAAGGACGGCAUCGGGAGCCCACCGCAGGCUGAGUUACAGGGUGCCCUGUACCCCACCAGUAUGCGUGUCAACGAGCAGGGUCGUCUGGUGGUCAACUUUAAAACCAAGGCUCGCUUCAGAGGUCUGUUUGUAGAGGCCAACUUUGAAGGCAGGAUCAAGAGCACAGCAUCCUCUCUGUCAUCCAUGGUGAUGUGUGAAGACAACCCUGGCCUGACCUUUAACCUCAGCCUGGUGAGGAGUGAAGCCACCUACAACCAGCCUGUCCAGCAGUGGACAUUCACAUCAGACUUUGCUGUGCAUGACUAUUCUGGUACAUACAGAGUGAAUCUGAUUCCCUGUACUACAGCUCAGAACAUGGAGUACACCGUCCCCCCUGUCUGUAACCCCAGAGAGCCUGUCACCUUCCACCUGGACAUACGCUUCCAACAGGUCAGUGAACCAGUAUCAUUAGAGUUCAGUCUCAACACUCAGAUAUUCCUGCUGUCCAAGAGAAACCUAUGGCUGUCUGACGGAUCCAUGGGCUUCGGACAGGAGAGCGACGUGGCCUUCUCGGAGGGUGAUACUAUCUACGGUCUUGUGAUGGUGGACCCUGUUCAGAACCUGGGGGACUCUUUCUUCUGCAACAUAGAGAAGGUGUACCUGUGCACCGGCGCGGAUGGAUACGUGCCCAAGUACAACCCCACUAACUUUGAGUUUGGAUGUCUGGCUGAAUCUCCCUCUCUGCUCUACCACUUCAAGAUCUUAGACAAGGCCCAGCCCGAGACUCAGGCCCGUGGGUUUGGUGACGUGGAAUUUAAUGCAAUGUUGGCUGCAGACGACCCCUCAGCUCUCUCUCUGGUCAGACAGCCUGGAACAGAUGGAUUCAGACUGGACUCUACGGCCAUGUUCCAGGUGGCUGCGGGUCGUGAGUGGUUCAUCCACACCAUCUACACCAUCCGCUCCAAAGACAACGCCAACCACGGCAUCGGCAAGAGGAGCUUCGAGUACCACCACUCCCUGGUCGCCACGGGCAACGACCUCUCCAUUACCCCCGGGGUCAAAGGUCAAGGUCACCGUGUGAGGAGGUCAGCCAGUGGAUUGGUCGGAGCGGCGGUCCCCGACGUGGCCGAUGACAUUGGAGCAGACAACAACCGUGGCACCAACAUCAUGCACAUCGCCUUGGACCGUACCAAGAGGAGGGCGGCAGCGGGGGUGGAGCUGUACGCCGACCGUCUGGAACCAAGAGAGCUGAGCAGGGGGGAGGGGGAGGAGGGGUUGCCGACGGUGGUGGGGGGGCUGGUGGGAAUGCUGCUCACCUUCCUCCUCAUCAUCAUCCUCGUCCUGGUGGUCCGGUACAGACAGAAGGAGGAGAGGAAAGAGAGGGUGAGGGGGUCGGCGAGCACGGAAGCGAUGAUGGUGGCGAGGAUGGACGACUGCAGCAACAGCUCAGAGGUCUAA